AUGAUCUCCAGUCUGCCAGUAUCAUCUGGAAGAACCAGCAAGAUCAUUUCAAUCUUCUUCCUGAGUUUGGUUUUGAUCACCUUCCUGGUUCUUGUUUUCCUGUUCCACAGGAGGAAGCAGCAAAGGAAGGCUCAGGAGUCCAGUCCUCUGGACAUUGUGCCUCUGGUGCGCCCUGGGACAUCAGAGAAGAACACUGAUGUCCACGUGUCAGACUUACUGACUUUCCUCACCAAGAUGCUAAAAUUGGAACAUGAAGGUGAAGAUGACGACAGUGACGAUGAGAAGUCUGUUGGGUUGGUUAAAGAAUAUCGCAGUCUGUCAUCUCACUCGUUGUACCCCUGCACUGUAGCAAAGGAUCCCAACAACAUAACCAAGAAUCGUUUUCUCAAUGUUUUACCAUAUAAUCACAGCCGAGUGGUCCUGAAGAGCAGAAAACACAAGGACGAUGGGUUUAUCAACGCCAGCUACAUUGACGGAUAUAAGAAGUCAAACUAUUACAUUGCAACACAAGGUCCUCUGCUUCACACCAUCGUGGAUUUCUGGGAAAUGAUUUGGCAGGAAAAUUCCACUGUCAUCGUCAUGUUGACCAACCUCAUAGAACAGGACAAGCCCAAGUGUGAACAAUAUUGGCCUGAGGAUCUUCAGAGCCAGGAGUAUGGAGAAUUCACGGUGACCUCCACCAAACGAGAGAGUCAGACGUCAAAGAGUUUCAUCGUCCGAAAUCUGCAACUGAUAAAGGUCAGCGGGCGGACAGCUGACUUCACUGCCCAACCGCCUUCCUGA